UCAGCUGCCAUAGCUGCAUGCAUUCUCUUCUCCUGUUUAACAGAAAAUCUCUGUAAAAUCAAAACCCAAAAAAGAAACCUACAGAGGAAACAUGGACGCAUACCAACAGCAACACCACCGGUACAUGAGACCGAUGCAACCGCAACCAACACCACCACCAUCGGUGCCUCCGUCGAAUUCGGAUCCUCACCACCACUAUCUGCACCACCAGCCAAGACCACCAGUCCCUCCACAAGGCACAUGGUACUCUGAUCAAUUCCAGUACCAUCCACCACAACAACCACCGUCUUCCCACUCCCCAUCUCCUCCGCCUCAGCAGUGGGCGGCGCCUCCUCCUCCGCCUGCUUAUCCUCCUCCUCCGCCCCCUCCUCAUCCCUAUCCUGCUCACCAACAGUUCCCUCCACCGCCUCCUCCUCGGCCUCCUCCUCCUCCUCAUUCUCAGAUUUUCCAACCUUACCCUCCGAUUAAUCAGGAAUGGGGAAACUCAAAUUGGGGCCAGCAGCAGCAAAGCUGGGACUACCAAGCCCAUAACAAUGCAGAGGAUUGGGCUGCUAGAGCCAGGGCAUGGGCAGCACAAAAAGCUGCAAUGGAUGAUCAAUAUCCUCAGUCUCAAUUUACACAAGCAGGCAGAAUGGAAGAGCAAAAUCGUGUUCAUGAACAAUACCAGCAAACUGCUGAUUCUCAUUAUCAAGAUUUUCAGCAACAGCAAUUUCCUGUGUCAGGCUAUCAGCAGUUUUCAGUUUCGGCUGCAGCUUCACAUCAGCCGCCAAUAUCUUACUUGCAGGAGAAUGCAUCUUUCAACCCUGGGCCAUCUUCAAAUGUUCCUGAUAGCCGAAUGUCUUACACUGUUGGAGGUGGAACUUCAGCUGGAGCACCAACUACAAGUCCAUCUGUUCUUCAGCAGGAGGUACCUUCUAGUUAUUCUUCUGUUACAGGUCAAGAAGAGGUCACCAAUCAAAAGGAUCAGCUGUACAAAUCAUUUCCGUUGCCCAUGUCCUCAUCGCAUGAAGGACAGCAUCAUAUGCAACUACCACUGCCUGCUGUUGGUGGAUCCGUUUUGACUGAACAGCCCUAUUCAUACAGCAAUCAGGGAGCUGAUCCCACUUCUGACCUAAGUGACCAGCCUUCAGAUUUUGCACCCAGUUUUACCCGGGAUCAAGAUCCACACAUGCAAUCUAGUUAUGCUGCUCAUGAUUCAACAGGAAAUGGAAGAGGCCUUGGCCCUGUCACACCAUUGCCUUCUAUUAAUUCUUGGACUCCUACAGGGGCAACAGGUUCUGUUUAUGCUCCAAUCCCUCCUGGUCUUCCAUCAGGGCAUCAGCAUGAUCCUUCGGUAGCCAUGCCAUCUCCUGUUUCAGGACAAGCUGCAUUGCCAUUUGGAAGCUUUCCUGGACCAAAUUUUCAACCAACAAUCUCAGCUGUAGGUCUGUCGUAUGGUGUUGGUCCAGGAUCUGCACUUCAUGCCACUGCAGGCUUCGUGGGUGAUGCCUAUGGGGUUUCUAACCUUUCUGAACGUCCUAAAAAAGCUUCUGUGCCUAAUUGGCUUAAAGAAGAAAUAAUUAAGAAUGCAUCUGUUAUCUCACGGUCUUCUUUGGAGCAUCCCAAAGAGGAAACACAAUCCAUAGAGGAUGAAUGUGUUGAUAGAUUGUACGUGAAGGGUGAUCAGGCUGAUAGCAAAAGUAUUGAUUCUUCUAGGUCAACUGAAGAAGAGGAUGAAGAUGAGGAUGAUGAUGAAGCUGCUAGAACUGCAGCCAUUAAUCAAGAAAUAAAACGUGUUUUAACUGAAGUUCUUCUAAAGGUCACUGAUGAGCUGUUUGAUGAAAUUGCCACAAAAGUUCUUGAUGAACAUGAUCUGACUGUUGAAGUUGAGCACAAUACUGGUACUGCAAGUAAUACGGUGUCUCCAUCUCCUCUAGAAGUCCCAGCUCCCAAGGCUUCUGCCAAGGUUCUAGGUCCAAUUAAAGCCAAAGAGCCUGAGACUGAAGAUGUGAGUGAAAAAUCCAGUUCCAGCGCCCCUGGAAAUAUACUGGGUCUUGCUAAUUAUGCAUCGGAUGAUGAUGAUGAGGAUGAUGAAAUCAAGAGUUCCAGCAUCUCAAAUUUUAGGAAAAAUAUUGUGCUUCAACAAUCUAACAGUCCAAGGUCCUCAAAAGAUAUGCAUUAUGCGGCUGAAAAUGGGAGUUCACAAUUAGAACUUGGAAAGCACAGGAAGCAGUCGAAUUUGGAGACCGAUUUGAGCAAAACCAGCUCAGUUGAAUCCAAAAAUCAAAUCAAUGCUGCUCUCAGUGACUUGAGUGAGCAUAAAUAUUCUUCAAAGGUGGUUUCUCAAGCCAGUGAUGUUGAAAAUAAUGUCGAUAGUGGGAAAGCACUACACACCACCGAUGAGUCUGGUUCAAGAGCUACUCUUGGAGAAAAUGUUGCAGAUGACUUUCAAGAUAAGGCUACAAAGGUGAAAUCAGACGAAGAUGGGCAACAUGAAAGUAAAAGGAGUUACUCUGUAAAAGACAUCAAGGACACAGAGUUGAAUAGGGAAAAUGAGAAAGGAGAUGGAAAUCGCAGGAAACAGGAUGAAACACAUUCAAGAAAGGAAAAGAAAGACGAUCGAAAUGGCUCAAAAGAAAAAGUGAAAGAGCAAGGUGAUAAGACUGGAGGAAAAGCAAAAGAAUCUGAAUUAAGGAAACGGCCUCAUCUUGAUGUCAAGGAGGACAGGCGAGAAUUAGAGAAACUUCAUAGAUCAAAUGCCAAAGAAGAUGACAACAGAAAAAGACGCCGGACAAAGGAUAAGGAGGAUGACAGAGCAAGACAUAAACCUACUAAUGACUCUAGCAAGCACAAGAGAAGGCGUUCCUCUUCAACUAGCAGUAGGGGUAGAAACAGCAGGGACAAGGAUUCAAGUGAUGAAGCAUCAGAUGGUUCUAAGAGAAAGACACAUUCAAGAAAGCGGAACUUAUCACCAUCACCUGUCAGGUCUAGGAGAAGACAAGUUUCGCGGUCACCUCAUAGCAAGCAUUCACAGCGCAGACAUUCUCCCUACUCUUCUCUUGAGACCACCAGGUAUGUUGCCCUGCAGUGUAAGAUUAAGAUUGUAUUAAUGUUUUUGAGACAAACACUACUGCAUGCUCCCAGCAAGAAGGGAAUUUCUGUUGGGUUAUUCAGUCUGUUGUUAAGAGUUACGUUCACAGCCCUUAAUGAGGAGCAGUAUGCACUCUUGUUGAAUGCUGUCCUUUUACCAUGUUUAAGAAUGGAAACAACACAGUGCAAAGGCAUUGUCAAUGUAACUCAAGUUGGGCUUUGGUCAGUUUGGCUGUAUGGCUUUAUACUUAUUGCUGUCUCUAUGUAUACUACUCAGAAAUUAUCUUCCUUCAUCAAUCAAAUACAAAGACAACCACCCUUUAUCAAUCACGGCGAUAUGUGCAAUCCAAGAAUCACAAUCUUUUCUGCACCUGUCCCUUUUGCUGGUUCAGUUGGGACUAAACAGAGUCUUGCUAUUCGCUCUUGGCUUGCUUUAUCACCUCAAAUCACGGUUCUUCUUUUCACUCAAGACCCUUCUGCUGUUUCUAUUGCCUCUACCUUUGGUUCACGAGUUUUUGUUGAUUCCAGUAUUGAUUUCACGUUUCUUGGUACCCCUUUCUUUCAUUCAAUGAUGGAAAGAUCGAAAGAUUUAAUUACAGACAUAUCUGUGUUUGUCAAUCCUGAAACUGUUCUUAUGCCUGAUUUUGUUUCCACUUUAAAUUAUGCUUAUAAACUUGACCAUGAUUGGCUUCUGGUGGCUUCAUUGCAUAAUCUUUCGUACUUGCCAUUUCAUUUGGAUGAUUCUGGGAGGCACUGGCUAAGAGAAGAUGGCAGUUUGAUGAGACCUCGGGAGUUGCAGGAGAUGCUUGGUCAGAAUUGGCUUUGGAAUCACUGUGACGACAGAAUGUUAAUGGCCUGGAACAGCAAAAAUAUAGCUUUGCAUAAAGGAGUGCUUCCUCCUUUCUUGUAUGGAAAGGGGACCCACAAUUACUGGGUCAUUAAUGAGGCUGUGUUGUCUGAAUUCAGGUUUGUGUUUGAUGCAAGUUGGACCAUCUCAAGUUUCUAUCUAGAUGAUGAUGUAAAUUGGUUGAAUCACUCAGUAAAGGGCUCCGAUUUUGUGGAUACCAGCACUAGAAGCUGGGAAAAAGUUGGCAAUUCCCAUCUUGGUGCGACAUAUGGGUCGUUGUUUUUCCAUGAAAUUAAUUAUUCCAGCCUGGUAAAACUUGUGAAGUGUGAUGGUCAAUAUCUGUUUGCUGACAUAACCGAAGACAUUGCUUAUCCAUUAAUGGUUCAGAGAUCCAGCUUAUGGAAUAGAAGGGUUUUGCAUUCCAGGACAAAGACAAAAACUAUGGCUUGUGUUCACAAUGUUAAAACAAGAGAAAGAAACUUGAAUUGCUCCCUGCAACAUCAGUUAAAGUACUUGGCACCAUUAGAUUUUCCAUUUUCCUUAGAGACACUUCUUUCAGUAACUGUGGAUGCGAAUAAAACAGUUGUGCUUGCUGUCGCUGGAUAUAGUUACAAGGACAUGCUAAUGAGUUGGGUCUGCAGAUUACGCCGCCUCCAGGUCACAAACUUUUUAAUUUGUGCUCUUGAUCAGGAAACAUAUCAGUUCGCAGUCUUACAGGGCCUUCCUGUUUUCCAAGAUCCAUCAGCCCCAAGAAACAUUAGCUUCGAUGAUUGCCACUUUGGAACUGACUGCUUUCAGAGGGUGACCAAAGUUAAGUCCAGAAUUGUUCUGAAGAUAUUGAAGCUAGGAUACAAUGUACUCCUGAGUGAUGUAGAUGUAUAUUGGUUUGCAAAUCCAUUACCUAUACUGUCUUCUUUUGGUCCUGCUGUUCUUCUGGCACAGUCUGAUGAAUACAAUAAAACAGGACCUGUGAACUUGCCUAGGCGGCUGAACUCCGGCUUUUACUUUGUUCAUUCUGAUGGUUCAACAAUUGCUGCAAUAGAGAAGGUGGUGAAGCAUGCAGCGACUUCAGGCCUGUCUGAGCAGCCAAGCUUCUAUGACACAUUAUGUGGGGAAGGUGGAUCCAAUCGUAUUGGUGAUAAUAGAUGUAUGGAACCUGAGACAAAUCUGACUGUUCAAUUCUUGGACAGAAACCUCUUUCCUAAUGGCGCAUACUUAGACCUAUGGCAGAAGAAAAAUGUAAGAAAAGCCUGUGAAAAGAUGGGCUGUCUUAUUCUUCAUAACAAUUGGAUUAGUGGACGGCUGAGGAAGCUGGAACGUCAGGUUUUAUCUGGUUUAUGGGAGUAUGAUAGCAGCAAAAGAAUGUGUUGCAGAGGUAGCAGAUGCUAUAUAGAUUAG